AUGGCAGCGCGGUCAAACCCGCUGUUGGAAGCAGUGUUUGACCACCUUGUCUUGCCGCCCAAGCUUCCAGCUGCCCCCGAAGAUGAUUCGAUUCCGCUCAGUUGGGAGCUCACUACGCGGCUCAUCACAGCAUGUCGGCAAAUUGCUAGAACCAGUUCACAGAGCCCAUGGGACACUUUGGAGACGUCUUUAUUAUUGACACGCAGUCUGCAGGGCCCUGUCUCCGUGGAGACGCUGAUGUCGGCAUUUUCCACGAUUGCACAGGAAGAGGACGAGAUCUGGUUCGCUUUCCACGUGGCACAGCAAAACGCUGCCAUCAUUGUUCAUCGAAGCAAAGCAACAGAUGAAGUAGUCUUCGAGGCGUUCGAGGUAUCGGCCUCUGCUCCUGCCGUGCUAGAAGCAAAGCACGCCUUAAACUGGAAAUUUCCUUGUCGGGCAGUGGCCAUACCUAUGGCUGAGUUUGUCGAGCCAUCAUUCCAAACAACUAUUGCCGAGUUUGUGGAACAGGCCACCGAGAUUGCACUGGACCAAUUCGCCGCCAGAGCAUACAAGGGAGACAAAAAGGUUGUCGAAACGCGCGACACUUGCAGCCCGGCACUGAUCACAGAGAUGUUCAUGUCCUAUCUCGAGGCCAUUGGCAGGGCAGUCCCGGUCCACAUUGUGCAUAAGCGCGUGAGAGAUGAUGUGGUUCUGGGCUCAUCGGAGCAUCCCUGGAGAAGAUCUCCCCAUUGGCUACUGCUUCGCGUCCUUGUUCAGCGCUACUUUAUGACUAAAGGUCCAAGUCCACAUGAAGGUAGAAUCUGCUUCAAGCUCGCCAUGUGCGUAGCUUUGUCGCAUUUACUGUCCGACUGCCAGACAAAGAUACACCCUGAGAGGGUGAUGAUGCUGCAGGCUAAGCUUUGCCGUCGGCUUGCGAAGUUGCAGACAGAAAUAUCAAAAGCGCCGGUAGAACUUCAAAAGAAGUAUGGCGAGGACUUACUACUGCAAAGGGCCUUUUUUGAAUCAACUGUCAUGGAGGCGAAGCGAGUCAUCACCGCAAUAUGGAACGAGUACACGAGAAAAGCAGCUCGGCCUAUCCCCUUGCUCCCAUGGACCGCGGAUCAAAGCGAUCUGAUUCUUCGGUUGCCCAAUAGCGGCCACAAGCUCAGAGCUCUUCUCUCUAUGAGCAUCGCCCCUUCCCAACGUCCUCAUAACCUCGGCCUUCCUUCUCAUGCGGAGGGGACUGUGACACAGGUCAACGAAUUCGCUACCAGGUACUCCAUUCUUAUGGCAUGUGCAAGUACAGCCAUGUCGACGCGAUGUCGAUCAUACUCUACAGUUGAAGAUACAUGCAUAGGCCUAUCUCAGGCAUUGACGACCUACAUGGACGCCGUUGGGGGUUACUAUGCCGACGACGCCAUCUUGGUGAGCCAAUAUUUACUCAAUCUCUUUGAAUUAUGGGUUUCCAUGGACUCUGCAGCCACUCGUGCAUGCCCAACACUCAAAGAAUACCACCCUUGCUUUGUGCCCGAGGCUCUAGACAUGCUUUGCUUCACGACCAGGUGCGACAUGGCCCGACUUCGCCAAGUGCAGAAAUACAUCUUCAACCGUAUCAAACACUGCUCUCAAUCUCGCUUCACCAUCUUCAGUGAUCCGAAUAACAAGGCAGCAUUUGCUGCAUUAUACAUGAGGGAUCACGGGGAAGAGUCUGGACUGGAGUCACUCUUGGAGCGCAUCAAUGAACGGUCUGUGACCUCGAUAGAAGCCAAGAAGAAGGAGCUUGACUUGCGUAUGUCUCAGUAUCAGAAACUGACGGUCGAGAUGAAGAGUGGCACUUGUGUUUGCAAGCGACAGCUCGACGGCACUCUAGAUGUGCGGGGCUGUACGCGUUGCUGGAAGGCACGAUGCCGCAAACGCCUGAGGAUUCAAGUUCACGAAGCUUUUCUCCCUCGAAAAACACCUGAGAAAGCCGCCAUUCUGCUGGAGAUGGAAAUGCCAGAAUAUCUGGGGGCCUAUCGUGAUGCUACCUGGCGGCUGAGAAUGCUGGGCUGUCAAAGUCCCGAACGAGGAUGCGACGCGGUCGUGGUUCUAGCCGACUUUGGUCCUUUGAAAUCAUUUGGCACAAGAUUGAAGACCAAGAGAAAAGCCAAGUCAACUACCUCACUAACUUUGGCUUCGCGGAGCAAAGCCUAUCUGCAAACUCAUUAUAGAGAGCUCAAGUUACCCAAGAUGGCAGUCGAAGUGUUGCUGCCCUUUGGUCCAGUCUUCACGUACUAUGAUACGAAAAGCGGCAUAUGGGCGAAUGACUGCACUGAGCCGCCGUGGUACCAUCACAUGCUAGGAUCCUGGCUUCCAGAAGGUAUACCGGAUCCCUUUGACAAGCCCGAGGUAUACAUGGAUGAUAGAGAGCACCCAAGCUCAUACGAAGUCGUUGCCAACCAAAACGACUGCCCUUCAGGCAUGUCACAACACGAGUUCACUUCGUAUCAAGCAGCCAUAUCGGGUGCUUACAGGAGGUGGAUGGUCCUGGCGCUUGAGCUGGGAUCUACGAAUCUCAAUCUCAGUGACCGCUCGACGGUCAAGUGCUUCAAACGUCUGGCGUUGCAGUCAGGACCACCGCAGUCAACAGCCAAAUGGGAUGCCCUGGGAAAAUUUCAUUCCGUGUUUCUCGACAGUGGGUUCUGUGAGACUUUGCAGCAUCAGCUUUGUCUCCGUCUCAGCGCCUUGCAAUCCAGUAGAAGAGACCUGAAUGGCAUGAGUGUUGUCAUAACUUGCGCCUUGCGGCUACUUCACCUGAGCCAAGAGAACUCGGAAAGUAGCAUUAUGAAGCUGCUGCAAGAAGCUCGCAGCCUCCUUUCCCUGUGGAUCUCCCAGUAUCGCCAGGAGGUGAGAUGCGCAAGGGACGGGAAGACGGCGCAAAGUUAUGCUUUCAGUGCAGUCUGGGCGUCAUUACUGUCUCGCCAGACGUUUACAACUGGCUCCUUCAACGAGCAUGAUUUCAAUGAGACUGAAGCGUUGCAUUUCUUCCGAGCAUCCAUCGCGUUUUCCGAAAAUCUUAUAGUCAACUUGGAUGCUGUAUCUCCGGAUCUGCAGCAACUUCUUGCGCAAUAUGUGAGCUGGGCAUACACAGUUGAUGAUGAGAUUAAACAAAUAACGUUGAGAAACACAUUGGCGCUGGAGACAGCAAUCAAUGAGACAUGGACGCAUGCUAGAGAAACGGAAACUCGGUCUUUCUCAGAGUGGAAGUUCUGCGAUGGGGGGGACUGGCUAACCGCAAGGACUGCUGCAACUCCUCUUAUCUCGUCUCAAACUGUUCACUAUCAUCCCAUUCAAGGCCAUCUUUUGAUAGAUGGUAAAACGCUCGGACGGCUACCGCUUGCUAUGCAAGAAGAUGCGGGCAUUACGGAGCUUUUCCAGGGGCAGCACCUCCUCACCAGAGCUUCAGGAGUGGCCGGAACGGAGUAUCAAAUCAUUAACAGCGUGAAUAAUCACGAAGUACACGUCGGUAUGAGCGAAAAUGAAGUCAUUAUUCGCGCCAGAUUCAACGGUCAUCUACUCCAGUAUGUUCCCCGCAGCAUCUUCCGAAGCUAUGCCACGUCGGACUUGCCGACGGGACUAGUUGAGGACUGCGUGCAUUGGCUCAAUUUGCAGACGGGCGAGCUUGAGAUGCGUCGAAAACCAGGCAUCUGGAUCCGGAAGCCUACCAACUGGGUAUUGGACGUUCGCAGUCAAACUGCUGUGCGCGGACGCACCCUGACUAAACCAGGCACGAGACUCGUUGAACCCCAAUCGAACAUAGGCAGGACCAUUGCCGACAUCUUUAGACACUUUGAGGACCCAGGGAAUUUAACCAUUUUCCAGCCUAUGAGCGACAAAGGACGUCUCUCGGUCGAAAUCAAGCGUCUGGAGAUGCGGUUCUUUGUCAAUCGAAAGGGACUACUGCAAUCAAAUCAGCUCAAGUCAGAAAUUGAUCCCAUACAGAAUAUUGGCACACUCCACGGUCUGCAAAGCAAGAUUGUCCUCCGAAACACUGCCAAUCCUCGUCGCCAAAGCGUUAUAGUACCCUUUGGGCCCUGUUUUUGGGAAAGGAACGGGCCACACGUGUCUGUUAGAAUCCUUAACGACGGACACUAUGCUCUCUUCACUGUCGAUCCGCUCCUGGGCAGACUAAAUUGCGCUCCUGAGCCUGCGCUGUUCUACAUGAAAGCUUUGAUACAUGCACUUACGUCGUUUCCCCUUCCGGACAAACUCACCGGGCGCACCGGAACGGAAGAGGCCUGCAUGUGCCUCACUGCUGCCCAGAGUCAGCCAUGGAAGCCUCUGAACCCCAAGCCAAGAAAUGUUCUAUCCAUAAUCCUGGACCUCAGUCCCAAACGAGAGUACUAUCCGCCCAGCCGCAGGCUGUACCAGCGUGUGACUUGGGAUGACAAUCUGACGGCGACAGUUCAGCACGAGCAAUUGGCCAUCCACGCCAAAGACAUAAUGUUGCAGUCUCAGGCUCUAGACAGCUUCUAUGAGUCUAAAGUUAAUGAGGAUAUGACCGGGUCGCCGCCUGUUUGGAGCCAUCUUGCUCUUCGAGGUAUUCUUCGUCGGCAAGUGUACGAACGCGUCAGGCACCCUUCCGACCUUGAACUUCUGGCGCAAGCAAAUCAAAACACUGUCUACCACUCGCGUGGAGUUGAUUUCCAAGCAGAUGAAAGCAAAAGAGUGUAUGGCGCCGUGAAGCAGCUGCGAGACAGGUCCAGCAAAAUUCCGCCGUCACAGCCAUUGUAUCGGAUUCUGAAGAAGUGGCGAGUUUUCGAUGGUUUCAGCGACGCAUUCGACACGCUUGAUAUCUCUCGAAAUAUCUGUAUUGAAACAUCUCAGGCUUUCGGUCCAUUGAUUCAAUUACUGACGUCGUCUCCCGAUGUCGCAUCGGAUCACAUGGCUCAAUUGAGCCUGGCGCUGUUUCUGUUUGGCACAAAUCGUUGUGCAAAAGUCAUUCAAUGGCUGGUGGCAAUCGGAAGCAAUGUUUCCUUGCAGGCCAUAGAGCCACCGAGAAUAGAAAGACUAACCCAGUUCUAUCCUGACCAAGUGCUCGAUGAGUCGGUGAUCAAGCAGCUCAUCAUAUCUUGUCAAGAGAGCUACGUCAAAUACAUGUCGCAGAUCGGCGCAGGCCGCAAAGCUCAACGUGCUGCACCACCCAACUUGGAGGCUUACAAUCACGAAACUGAGCAAGAAGCCCAGAGAAUAGCUUCUUGGUUGAAAAGUGCGUGGCCUGACUUGCCUCUCACGGAUCGACUGUUUAUCAAGGGUUGUGACCAACUAAGGCUGAAGAUUGUGAGCGCGAAAAGGAUAUAUGUCUCCUUGGAACCAGAACUGCACAGAAUCGCACAGAAUCGCGCCCUGUCCGAGUAUAUCAGAUCGCUUGAAGCGGCUGCACAGCUGAUACGCAACGACAGCAACUAUGACAGAGACACUGAAAGCGUUCCGAGUACGGGUCCGUACCUGGUUGGGCCCGCUGCUUUGAUUGGCAACGCUCAGUCGUCCCUUUUCAACCCAGAAGACUCUAGCUUCAGUGUACCAUCUCUCACAGAAGUUGUUCUUUGUUGCCGAGAAUACGCUGAUCUGAAUACUGAAAAUUCCCAUCCGAGCAAACAAUCAACUCCAGAGGUCUCCCAUCAAGCCGAUACUGCAGGUAUCCUCAAGCGGCUACCAACUAUUUCGAGGGAGCUUUCCAUACUGAAUGAUGUAGUUCAGCCUUUCAAGACCUCGAGGAACAUGAUUCAACAGCAGUAUGGCCAAGACCUCGAGGAAUCCAUUGUGGCAAUGGCAGUGUCUCUCGAGAAACCAAGAGCACCAUCUCUGGCUUUGAGCCAAGAUAGCCUCGAUAUUCAGAUUCAGAGCAAUUCUCUUAGCUUGGACACCCAGUAUCAUGCCCUCACUCAAGCCCUGGUCCCUCAGAUUGCUUGCCAUUACUGGCUCAAAGCAGGCCAACUGUGGCCAUGCGAUUCGCUGGUGGCAGUGCUCGAACAGCUUCGUCUCGAUAAUUACAAGUGUUUCUCUCCAUCGAUGCAAAAGGCGCUCAUUUCUCUCGGUAGCUUGAUCACCAGUCUACAGCGCCUCCAAAGAAUCGAGGAUGCAAAGCUGCUUCGCGACGACAAGAAGCUCUUGGAAGAAUCACAGAGCGUAGGCCAUUCCAACUGGAGUCCAGCCGACUAUCCAGAAUGGCUACUCUUGGAAAUUGACAAUAAUAUUCUCAUUCGGCCAUUACAGAUUGACGUGGCCAAGGCCAUCAUAUCUCCACAUUCGGGCCACAACUCUGUUUUACAGAUGAAUAUGGGAACAGGCAAAACCUCUGUAGUGAUGCCAAUGGCCGCACUUAUACUGGCAGACACUACCAGACUUUGCAGAGUCAUUGUGCCAAAAGCCCUGUUGCUUCAGACAGCACAGGUAAUGCAAAGUCGCAUCGGCGGACUCAUUGGACGUCAAGUUCGCCACGUCCCUUUUUCCAGACGCUCAUCUUCCGACGCGGCCACCUUGGCAAACUACAUGAACAUUCACAGCCAGAUGCUUCAGACAGGCGGGCUCAUGCUGUGUAUUCCAGCACAUGUCCUCUCUUUCAAGUUGAGUGGGCUGCAGCGACUUGCAGAUCAUCAACAGAAGGAGGGUAGACAGAUGGUUGAGAUUCAAGCCUGGCUGGACUCUACUUGCCGCGAUAUUCUGGACGAAUCCGACAUGACAUUGUCAGUGUAUACGCAACUCAUCUAUCCAAGCGGAGAUCUCACAACGCUCGAUGGCAAUGCCUAUCGAUGGCUUAUCGUGGAGCAGUUACUUGGUUUCGUGGAGAAGCAUUCUUCAAACCUACAAAAGGAUUUCGAAGGGAAAGUGGUUGUUGUGCAGAGACGUCAAGGCUUUCCCAUUAUACACUUUAUCACCAAGGAACCUGAGGAUGCGCUAAAUGAGCUUCUGGCUGAGGACAUCUGCAACGGCUGCUUGCCACAGCUCCAGAUUCGAGAAUCAGAGUCCGAAGACGCAAAGCAUCUCAUCAGGCGCAUCAUCAGCGGUGCUCAUGUUUCGUCGAGCGAGUGGCAAAGCGCAUGCAAGUCUCUGGAAGAUGACCCUUUCGGACCCAAAGCUCUCUAUUUGCUCCGGGGGCUCAUUUCACAGCGGAUUCUGGUGGUGUGUCUCAAGAAGAAGUGGAAUGUCCAGUAUGGACUGCACCCGGAAAGACAGCCUAUUGCGGUUCCAUUCGAAGCAAAAGGAACUCCUUCGCAAGCGGCCGAGUAUGGACACCCAGACACUACCCUCAUUCUUACCUGCCUUGCCUUUUACCAGCAGGGCCUCUCCAAGAAGCAGUUGAAGCAGGGACUGCAAGGUGUGAUGCAGUCCGACGAUGCAGCAGCUCAUUACGAUCGCUGGAUCUGCUCCUGUACCGCUCUGCCUGCGUCUCUCCGGUACUGGAACUUGCUUGACCCCAAGAAUGACUUGCAAGUUGAAACGCUGUGGGGGUAUCUGAGGUUUGACCGCACCGUCAUAAAUCAUCACUUGAAUACAUAUGUAUUUCCUCGGUACGCCAAGCAGUUUCCCGUGAAACUGUUAGCGUCGGGCUGGGAUAUUCCCUUAUUGCAGUCAAUCGACAGUGGCCAACAGCGCAGCUUGACAACAGGUUUCAGUGGCACCAACGACAAUAAGCGAAUUCUCCCACAGACAAUCAAGCAGAAUGAUCUGCGCAAAUUGCUCUACACGAAUGCAGAGGUCUUGUGCUAUUUGCUGGAAAGCAGAAACGCUGGCUGCCACUUGACGGCGGUGGAGGGAGUCCGUUUUGGCGAAGAGGACACUCUGCGAUUUCUACGCGACAAAAGGAUUCGAGUACUCAUCGACGCAGGUGCUCAUAUUUUGGAAAUGGAAAAUCACGAGGUCGCCAGAAAGUGGCUCGACAUCGACCCAGAAGCAGAAGGCGCACUCUAUUUUGGAACAAACAGCCAAAUCAUGGUGCGGUCUAGGUUCCAAAAAGACCCAAUGCCUCUUAUCGCCAGUCCCUUUGCCAAUGAUAUUCAAACUUGUGUCGUGUACAUUGAUGAAGGCCAUACCCGCGGAACUGAUUUGAAGCUUCCUGCGGACGCCAAGGGGGCGGUUACGCUGAGUCUGGCUGCCAUGAGACUGAGGCAACUCGGGACAACACAGUCGGUCGCGUUCCUGGCGCCACCAGAGGUGCACCGCAGUAUUCUCGAUUUGCGAGUGGCUCACGUGGGGGAUGCUGCUCGAGCAGCUGGUCUCACCUCGCGAGACGUCGUUCGUUGGUUGCUGGAGCAGAGCUGCAAUGCCAACGAGCAAAUGAUGAGCCUCUAUCUCUCGCAGUGCUGGGACUUUUGCCGUCGCACCGAUGUUUUGUGGAAGCAUCCAGACUAUGCCACGAGCAAGCGCGACCGCGAAAAGGUCCUCGACGUGAUUAAGCAAGAGGAGCAGCAAACACUGCAGCAAAUGUACGGACCGAGAGUGCCGUCCGAGAUGGCUUGUCGCGUUCAGCUGGCAUCUCGACAGCUUCAGACGUUUGCUGAGAAUGCGGGCCAAAUGGCUCAGUACGGGCAAACGAGCUAUUCAUCUGCGCUCAUGGAAGUUGAGCAAGAACGGGAGGUUGUCUUGGAGGUUGAGCACAUGCGCGAGAAGGAAACCCGCGCUCGCCAUGUCGCACUGGCAUUUCCGGGACUCGAUACUGCAAUUCUGGACUUUAUUGCGACUGGUCGACUGAAUACGGGCACUGGUACAAGUAGGCCUCUUCUGCAAGCUUUCGACUAUGUGGGAAAGACAAGAAUUGGUAAAUCGUUUGGUGUUGGAGCGACCGAGUCUCGUCUCUAUGUCUCCCAUGAGUUCACUCAUGCAAUUGACACGAAAAAGGUGAUGGAGAAGAUGGACAUUGUUCGCCCCGUAAAUUGGAUUCUGUGGAGUCCGUCGUCGGAAACAGCUCUCAUCAUUAUACCAGAGGAGGCUGAUGUCGUCAUACCUCUGCUCCGCAAGAUGGUGAAGCCUCUUGUCUGGCUGCUGGGCUAUACUGCUCCUGUGACAAAGUCAAUGCAGAGCUUUAAUUGCCUCAACUAUCUGACGAUCCCGAGGUGGCCGAGGGAGAUGAAGGUGCCCGUCUGGCUUGGCAUCGAAGUCGGCGUUUUCAGCGGCAGGUUAUACUUUGAGUUUGCAGAGUACGAGCCUCUACUUGCAUGGUUGGGCCUGCUUCCCGACAGUGAUGAAAGGGCCGGGGCUGGCGGUUUCAUCAGCAAGAUUCACGAGCCGUUGCAGUUUUUGCAGGAAUGGCUGACUUUUAGACGACAGACGGAAGACAUUCUCUACACUCCUGCUGGGUUUGUGUGCCAACGGCAGCAUCUUCAUCAAGGUCAUUUCUUCUUCUCUAGUGCGAGCACGGGCCCAACGGGAGCGGCGUCUGUGCCUACAUCGGGGCUUUCUCAGGAGGUGAUUGACGAGGAAGACUAA